AUGGAGGAUGAGAAUUCUGAUUUUUGUUGUUGCUGUUCUUCAAUAGGUGUACCUCGCUGUGGUGCUUCACUUCAUGAGCUCAACAAAGCAUUAAAGAUUGAACUAAAAGCAAAUGCAAACUGUGUCUGGCAAAUUCAGAGGAACGUAAAUCAAACAAUUAGGCUCAUUUUCUCCUAUUUUAAAUUUGCUCCUUCUUCAAGCUGUGAAACAGAAAGUAUUAAAGUAUAUGAUGGUCCCUCAACUAAUUCGCCUCUUCUUGGACAAGUAUGUAACGACACUGAUGCAGUCCCAGUACUUCAAUCGUCUUCAGACAGUUUAACUUUUCAUAUAACUACAAACUCCAUGGCUUUCACACGGAACUUCUUUGUCUUCUAUUACUUCUUUUCACCAGAAAAAAAAACUGAAAAUUGUGGGGGACAAUUAACUGGUCCCAACGGGACACUUACCAGCCCUAACUACCCAGAACGUUACCCUGAAUUUACAUACUGUGUCUGGCACAUACAAACAGCAAAAAACUCAAAGAUAAACUUACAGUUCCAGGAUUUUUUCCUAGAACUAGACCGAAACUGCCAAUUUGACUUCACAGCAGUCUAUGAUGGCCUCACCACUAACACUGGCUUAAUAGGAAAAGUAUGUGGUCUUGCUCAGCCCACAUUUGAAUCUUCUUCAAAUGUUAUGACAGUUGUGUUAUCUACAGACUAUGCCAACUCCUACAGAGGAUUUUCUGCUCAGUAUACCAGCACUCCACUGCUAGCUCCUGCGGAACCCAACACACUCCUUACAUGCUCUUCAGAUAGCAUGAGAAUUGUUCUGAGCAAGUCUUAUCUGACCUCCCUUGGUUAUAAUGAAACUCACCUACGUCUGAAUGAUCCAUCUUGCAGUCCAGCUGUAACAGAUUCAGUGAUCUUUUCCUUCCCAUUAACCAGCUGUGGAACAACUAAAAAGGAUGAAGGUCAUAGCAUCACUUACACCAACAUCAUAUCUCUCUCUGCAACUGGCAACAUUAUCACCCGUCAAAAGAGCAUACAGAUCAUUGCAAAAUGCAAAAUGGAAAACAAUUCAACCUUAGAAGUCAUUUACAUAACAAAAAAUAAUAUAAUCCAAAACACAACUGCUGUGGGAAAAUACAGUGUUAGCAUGUCAUUCUAUGAUUCAGAUACAUUCUCCAAGCCUGUAUCCAAGUCCCCGUACUAUGUAGACUUGAACCAAACCCUUUUUGCUCAAGUCAGUCUUCAUUCCACUGACGCAAAUCUUUUGGUGUUUGUCGAUACCUGUAUAGCAUCUCCACAACCUGAUUUUGGAUCGCUAACGUAUGACUUGAUCAGAAGCGGCUGCAAUAAAGAUGACACUGUGGUAACCUACCCACCACUUGAACACUAUGGAAGAUUCAAAUUUAAUGCCUUCAAGUUCCUGCACAGCUUUGCAUCUGUUUAUCUCCAGUGUGAUAUUUUAAUUUGUGACAGCAAAAACCCAAACUCUCGCUGUACUGAAGGCUGUAUCUCCAGGCAAAAAAGAGCUAUUUCUUCAUACACGUGGAAAACUAAUACCAUAGUAGGACCCAUCCGCCUGAAAAGAGAUCUCAGGUCUGCUGAUCACUCAGAAUCCCUCACUAAAGCAGAUGCUGAAGAAACCCUGAACCUGCAACAAUACAACUUCUACACUCUUUCAUUUGUGGUUUUAAUUUCAAAUAUUAUCAUUGUGGUAGCUGUGAUACUAAAAUAUCACAAUCGCCAAACAGGAUACAGCUACCAAAAAAUCCAGAGCUCAUAUUAACUACUUCAGGAUAUUCUGAAUUUACGUCAACUUCUAUUCAGAUUUGACACCCAAAGAGGGGAGAGGGAAAAAAACCCAAAUCAAACAAAAAAUCAAUAAACUAACAGCCUUGGAACACAACAAUGCUUGGAAGCAUAUUUCAACUUUUUUUGUAAUUAAAACCUCUCAACCUAGUACUCUGUCUUAAAUCACUGAUAUGAAAAAGCAUGUAAGUGUCUACCUCAAGGUGUUUCUUAGAAAGGAACUAAAAACUAACUUUACAGGUCUAAAGGGACUUGUAAAGUACAAGAUAACUUAGGUCCUUUUUUCUUCAAAAAUAAAAAUUAUCUUUUUAUCUUUUCGAAUCACUUUGAAACUGCACCUGGCAUGAGUUAAGCUGAGGGACAACCAUGAGAUGUCUGUUCAAAGCAAACUACCCUCUCUUCAAAAAUCUCCUCCUGUGGGUUGCUACCAUCAAGAUCUGACAGUCUUCAAAAGACAUCAGUUUUCAGGGA